AUGUGUUCAUCUGAUUCAAUAUGUAUUGGUGUCUCAGCUUACAAUCGAUCUGUAUGUGUUUGUCCUAUUGAUAAAUUUGGUGAUCGAUGUCUUCUUAUCGAUACAAUUUGUCAAAUGGAUAAGAAUUUAACGUGUCAACAUGAUGGACAAUAUAUUCCUUCUGAUGACUAUAUGAUAUCGAAUCAAAAAUUUGUAUGUAUUUGUCCAAAAGGCUAUAUUGGUGAUCGAUGUGAAAUAGUUGAUAAUAAAAUAAUUCUAUCAUUUGGAAAGAAUAUUGUUUUAUCACAAUCGAUACUUAUUCAUUUCAUUGAAGUUAUUAAUAUUGAUAUACCAAUGAGAACAACUACUUUUCGAACACUUCCUCUUAUGCAAGAUUUACUAACCAUUUACUGGCCACGAUCAUUUCAUCUUGUUUUUAUUGAACUUUUCGAUAAAACUUAUUAUCUAGCUGUCAUUCAAAAAACUUAUGAACGAUCAACAAUAAUUAAUAAAAUGCUAAAUCUAUCAGAUCAUUGUCCACAUAUAAAUGAAUUAUUUAAUGAAACUUUUGUUCAAAUGCAUGGUCUUCGUCGUAUCAAAUAUUAUCAUUUAUCAUGUCAAAAAUACUCAUCAAAUCUUUCUUGUUAUUAUGAUGAUCUUCAUAUUUGUUUAUGUUACGAUUAUGGACAACAACGUUUAGCGAACUAUUUUGAUUUUAAUCAUAAUAUGAAAUUCGAUUGUUUAGGUCAAUGUUUUCAAGACACACUACAGAUUAUGCCCACAAAGAUCAAUAUGUAUUUGUCCAGCAUGUUAUUAUGGAACACGAUGUCGAUUUAG